AUGCGCCAAUUGCUCGGUUGGUACGCGACGAGUUUUGCGGCGGAGCCGUUUCUCGUCUCGGCUGUCGCCACUUAUAUUCCGCUUUUCCUCGAACAAUUAGCAAGAAACAAUGCCGUGUGGGCCAUUGACCAUCGCACUCCAUGUCUGUCUGUUCCUGCCGAUGAUCCAGGCUUGGGCCCGGUCCCAAUGCCUCCGCCAGCAUGCGUAGUUCGCGUUUUGUACUGGUAUAUCGACACAUCCAGCCUGCCCCUCUACACGUUCUCCAUGAGCGUUCUUGUGCAGACUGUUUUAGUUAUUUCCAUCACUGGAAUUGCGGAUCGAGGCGCUCAUCGAAAACGACUGCUGGUAAUGUUCGCUGUGAUCGGUGCUUGCUCGGUGAUUCUUAUGGGAUUCAUCAGCACGAGGCAUUAUUAUAUUGCUGCAUUACUAGCAAUCGUAGGUAAUGCCGCUUUCGGUGCCGUUUCGGUCUGCGCAAAUGCUUAUCUGCCGUCACUUGUAGAUGAGUUUGUUUAUGAGGAGUCUCGUCGGCGCCAAGCAGCCUUUGAUAGAUACUACGGAGCAUGUGCAGAAUUGGAGCAGCCGAGCAAGACUCAAAUAUCGGCGAGAAUAUCCGGACGCGGUGUGGCAAUUGGCUAUUUUGCGGCACUUUUUAUGCAAAUGUUUACCAUGUUUUUAGUAUUCAAGUUCCGCGGUCCUGAAGAAUCGACGCGAAUUCUCCAGCUGGUGAUUGCAAUCAUUGGAGUAUGGUGGCUAGUGUUCCAAAUCCCCGUUAUGAGAUACUUGAAAUCGAACCACUCGACCUCGGACAAUCCUAACAGCUUGUCAUUCUUACAGAACUUGGGCUACGGGUGGAAGUCGCUAGCUCUCACAAUUGCCAAAGCGCAAGAGCUCCAGGAUGUCUGCAUCUUUUUGGUCGGCUGGUUCGUCACUAGUGACGCAAUUACAACCAUCAACUCUACGGCGGUACUUUUCGCCCGAGGGAACCUCCAAAUGAACACCCCGGCACUUGCAGCUAUUGGUCUGUGCACGAUUAUUUCCGGUAUUUUUGGAUCGCUGGUAAUUGGGAGAAUGAAAUUCAAAAACCCGGCAAACUCUAUUAUUUUUAUUACCCUCAUCGCAGCAGUCAUCCCUCUGUACGGCGUUUUGGGUUUCUUUACCCCGUGGUUCGGUCUGCGAAGACCGUUUGAAAUGUACAUCAUGGCUGCAUGGUACGGGCUCGCAUUGGGUGGACUGAACACAGUCUGCCGUUCUGUAUUCUCACUAAUGAUUCCAAGAGGUCAUGAGACAAUGUUUUUUGCGCUGUUCUCGGUCACCGAUAAAGGAUCAUCCAUCAUGGGACCGGCCAUCACAGGGCUCAUUACCGACAAGACCCACAACAUCCGGUACACUUUCUACUUUCUGCUAUUCAUGAUGCUACUGGCGGCAAUAAUUUUCUCUAAACUGAACGUCGAGCGGGGCAUUCGCGAAUCGCGGCAUUUGGAAGAACAACCAGAUAGCAUUUAA